AUGAGUGCAUCAAGCGGCGCUUACAGUAGGCUAAUGGCUUUGAAAGAUAUGGGCGUUGUGGAAAAUUUCGAUGAGAUCCGCAAGAAAAAGGUGGUAAUUGUUGGAGUCGGAGGGAUUGGAAGUGUUACAGCUGAAAUGUUAGCACGUUGUGGAAUAGGAUCCUUGAUUUUAUUUGAUUACGAUACAGUAGAGGUCGAAAAUAUGAAUCGCUUAUUUUAUCGUCCAUCUCAGUGUUCCCUCCCUAAAGUGGAAGCUGCCAAGGAAACUCUGCUGUCAAUUAAUCCUGAUGUGGAAUAUACUUGCUACAAUUGUGACAUUACAACCAAUAUCCUAUACCAUUUCUACCACCUAUUUUCCUUUAUUCCUAUUUUCCUCCUAUGA